UGACAACCCGGUGUUUUGUUUCCGUGGCUUUUGACAAGUGUGUAUGAGGUUAGAGUGUUUACAAGUACUAACAAGAUAUGGUGAGAUUACUCAUUAUCGCACGUAUUUGAAGAAACCGUUUGAGUUUCGUGGCUGGUAUACCGAUGGCCCCACUAAUACGGUGGGCGUGACAAGAUCGCUCCUGUGAUGUCAUUAUCGCCACCAUGGCUGUAGUCACUUCACCGGUGACAGCAACUGCAUGUUUUCUCAAAUUUCGCUUGGGAGCACGCGUGUGUCCGCGUGCUUUGCCUGCCAGAGGGGAGGGGCACCUGCCCCGCGCUCCCAGUCUGCAUGCGUGCUUUAUGUGAGAAGUGCCUACCUUCGUCCAAUGCCUAAUGGUACUGAGACUAUGCUUGACGCUGAAUGUACGUUCUUUGUAGUGGCGGUGUGUGCAUUGACGGCCUCAGUAGUGGUCAUCGCCUAUUGGAUUGGUAUCCCGCACUGGUGGGCCCGGAGUCCUACUGCCACAGUGGUGCUAAUGGUGGUGGGUCACUGGCUGCUGGUGAACAUCUGCUUCCACUACUACAUGGGCACUGUCACCCCACCAGGAUUCCCUCCAGAGGGCUCGCUUAUCCCUGAAGCUGCCAGCAUCUGCAAGAAGUGUAUCGCCCCCAAGCCACCGCGAACUCACCACUGCUCUGUGUGCAAUCGUUGUAUUCUAAAAAUGGACCAUCACUGCCCGUGGCUGAACAACUGCGUGGGCCACUCCAACCACCGCUACUUCUUCCUGUACAUGGUGUACGUGGUGGCCGGCGUGCUGUUCCUCAUGGUGUUCGGCGUGCAGCUGGCCUACGAGGAGGUGUGGCUGGCCGAGGAGGAGGAACCGCCCAUCGAGGGGCACCCGGUGCGCGUCAACGACACCAUGCUCAUCCCCGUGACGGAGAUGAACGUGAACGCGUCGCUGGAGGCGGUGCCGCCCCCGCCCGCGCGCUCGCUGCGCCGCAACUGCAUCAUCUACAUGGCCUUCAUCACCAGCGGCGUGUUCGUGGCGCUGGGGUCGCUCUCGCUGUGGCACGCGCGCCUCAUCGGGCGCGGCGAGACCAGCAUCGAGGCCAACAUCAACAAGGCGGAGACGAAGCGGCUGGCGGCGCGGAACAAGGUCCAAGAAAAUCAUUGUUUCAGUUUGCCGUUGGAGCUGUGA